UUAGUACCUUUAAUACUAGGAGCCCCAGAUAUAGCUUUCCCACGAAUAAAUAAUAUAAGAUUUUGGUUAUUACCUCCUUCUUUAACUCUUCUUUUAAUAAGAAGUAUAGUUGAAAACGGAGCUGGAACAGGAUGAACUGUUUAUCCACCCUUAUCUUCUAUUAUUGCUCAUGGAGGAGCUUCCGUUGAUUUAGCUAUUUUUUCACUACAUUUAGCAGGAAUUUCUUCUAUUUUAGGAGCUGUAAAUUUUAUUACUACUGUUAUUAAUAUACGAUCUUCAGGAAUUACUUUUGAUCGAAUACCUUUAUUUGUUUGAUCUGUUGUAAUUACUGCAUUAUUAUUAUUAUCUUUACCUGUUCUAGCAGGUGCUAUUACAAUAUUAUUAACUGAUCGAAAUAUAAAUACUUCAUUUUUUGACCCUGCUGGUGGAGGAGACCCAAUCUUAUACCAACAUUUAUUUUGAUUUUUUGGGCAUCCAGAAGUUUAUAUUUUAAUUCUUCCAGGAUUUGGAAUAAUUUCUCAUAUUAUUAGACAAGAAUCAGGAAAAAAGGAAACUUUUGGAUCUUUAGGAAUAAUUUAUGCUAUAUUAGCUAUUGGAUUAUUAGGAUUUAUUGUAUGAGCUCAUCACAUAUUUACAGUAGGUAUAGAUGUUGACACCCGAGCUUAUUUUACGUCAGCAACAAUAAUUAUUGCUGUUCCAACAGGAAUUAAAAUUUUUAGUUGAUUAGCUACAAUUCAUGGAACCCAAUUGAAUUAUUCUCCUACUACUAUAUGAGCUUUAGGAUUUGUAUUUUUAUUUACAGUUGGAGGAUUGACAGGAGUAGUUCUAGCUAAUUCUUCUGUUGAUAUCAUCUUACAUGAUACCUAUUAUGUUGUAGCCCAUUUUCAUUACGUCUUGUCAAUAGGAGCUGUAUUUGCUAUUAUAGCUGGAUUUAUUCAUUGAUACCCUCUAUUUACAGGAUUAUAUAUAAAUGCAAAACUUUUAAAAAGUCAAUUUAUAAUUAUAUUUAUUGGAGUAAAUUUAACCUUUUCACAACAUUUUUUAGGAUUAGCUGGUAUACCUCGACGAUACUCAGAUUAUCCAGAUGCUUAUACUAUAUGAAAUAUUAUUUCAACAAUUGGAUCUACAAUUUCAUUAUUAAGAAUUAUUUUAUUUCUAUAUAUUAUUUGAGAAAGUAUAAUUAUAAACCGACAAAUAAUUUACUCAAUUCAAUUAAAUUCUUCAAUUGAAUGAUUUCAAAAUUCUCCUCCUGCUGAACACAGAUAUUCAGAAUUACCAUUAUUAACUAAUUUCUAAUAUGGCAGAUUAGUGCAAUGGAUUUAAGCUUCAUAUAUAAAGUAUUUUACUUUUAUUAGAAAUUUCAACAUGAUCAAAUUUAAACCUUCAAAAUAGAGCUUCACCCUUAAUAGAACAAUUAACUUUUUUUCAUGAUCACACCUUAAUAAUUUUAGUUAUAAUUACUAUUUUAGUUGGUUAUUUAAUAUUUAUAUUAUUUUUUAAUAAUUAUACUAAUCGAAAUUUAUUACAUGGACAAACUAUUGAAAUUAUUUGAACUAUUUUACCUGCUAUUAUUUUAUUAUUUAUUGCUUUUCCUUCUUUACGAUUAUUAUACUUAUUAGACGAAAUUAAUGAGCCUUUAGUUACAUUAAAAACAAUUGGUCAUCAAUGAUAUUGAUCAUAUGAAUAUUCUGAUUUUAUAAAUAUUGAAUUUGACUCUUAUAUAAUUCCAACAAAUGAAUUAAAUAUUAAUAAUUUUCGACUUUUAGAUGUAGAUAAUCGAGUUAUUUUACCUAUAAACUCUCAAAUUCGAAUCUUAGUAACUGCUGCAGAUGUAAUUCAUUCUUGAACAAUUCCAGCUUUUGGUGUAAAAGUUGAUGGAACUCCAGGACGUUUAAAUCAAACUAAUUUUUUUAUUAAUCGUCCUGGAUUAUUUUAUGGACAAUGUUCUGAAAUUUGUGGAGCUAAUCAUAGAUUUAUACCUAUUGUAAUUGAAAGUAUUCCAACUAACUUUUUCAUUAAAUGAAUCAUAAAUUAUUCUAAUU